AUGGAUUGGACAGGCGGAGGAUUGGGUUACAGAUCUGAUCAAGAGGAUCGAAAUGGCAUUAGUGAGAUGUUUGGACACGAUAGGAGCCCUCUGCAGAGAACAAGAUCUUUUCCUGUGUACGGUAACAGGACUAGAGUGAGGGAAGACAGGGAAGACAGUUUGGCGAGUAUUGGCCCAAGUCGUAAUUGGGACCGGAGAGAUCAACAUGAUCAAUCCGUUCAAUCACACCCAAGGCCAGAUCAGAACCGUGCCACUGAAGGACCACAAGAUCAAGGAGCGGAAAACACCCUGAAGCUUUUACAUGACGUGAUGACCGAGGCACUUGGUAACCAAGGCAUGCGUACUCAACCCCCUGAAGUUUCCAAACUAUUAUCAACCAUGAAGAACAUUGGGUCCUACAAGUUCAAAGGAGGAUCUGAUCCUAUUGAAGCCGACAAGUGGAUUACUAUGAUGGAGAAGAACUUUGAGGCUAUGGAGUGUCCGGAGGAGUAUCAGAAGAAGAUUGCGGUGUACUAUUUGGAAGGCGACGCAACAGGAUGGUGGGACAGUAUAGACAGGCAGCGUGGACACACCAUCACAUCAUGGGAAUCGUUCAAGGGAGAGUUUGAGAGGAAGUAUUUUCCUCCAGAAGCAAAGAAUCGGUUGGAGCGCCAAUUCAUGAACCUUGUUCAAGGAGAUAGGCCAGUGAGGAGUUACGAAUCUGAGUUCACAAGGUUGAGGCGACACGUUUUUGAUGGGCGUGAAGAUGAAGCAACUAUGAUUCGUAACUUUAUGUACGAAUUGAAGCCGGAGCUUGGAAGUCGUUUAGCUGGAAGCAACUUUAGCAGCUUAUCGGAUCUGGUGGAAAAUGCUGUUAAUGUUGAGACUGUAUUGGAGGCUGAUAGGAAGACCAUACCGCAUUCUGGUGGACCUACCAAGUUUAGCCAAGGAGGAAGACCAAAUUUCAACAAGGGUCCAAGGUUUAACAAAGGCAAAGGGCAAAAAUUUGGAGACCAAACCAAUUAUCGCAGUAACACCAGAGUAUGUUACAUAUGUGAUCAACCGGGACACAUUUCCAAGUUUUGUCCCAACAGACAACGGAGUAAACAGCAAGGUUAUUCAUCGCUGAGGAUGGAAGAUGUCACUUGUUUCUUCUGUGGAAGGAAGGGCCAUUAUGCAUCGUCGUGUCCAAACAAGCCAAUCCCUGCGACCCCUCUCGCGAUCCGAGCUCCUCCUAGCCGUCCAGCUAUUGAGCCAGCACCAAAGAAGCAAAACCUAGGAGGUAGAGUUUAUGCCUUAGGGGUAGAAAACCCAGACAAUGCAGGACCGUCAAGCGGUCCCAUCACAGGAACCAUACAUGUUGCUGGUAAACCCGCACAUGUAUUGUUCGACUCGAGGGCAACACAUAGUUUUGUGUCUCCUGAAGUAGCUGCCCGGUUUUGGGAUUGUUUUGUGGUUGACAGGAUAAACGUGGCUGUCUUGACCCCCGCAGACCGAACCCUUCAAGCAGAUCAAUGUAUCAAGAAUGUUCCAUUGGUCAUUCAAGAGAAAGAAUUUGUGGCAAAUCUGUUAGUCGUGCCUUUGAAAGGGUACGAAGUAAUCCUUGGAAUCGAUUGGUUAUCGAGCUACAGAGUUCAGAUCGACUGUGGAAAGGGAAGGUUGUUGUUUGGCAGAGGUAAACGACCAGAGAUGGUAUACUAUGGAAUCAGUCCUAGUAUGACCGUGUCUUUGGUAGCAGCAAUGAGAGUACAAGAUUUGUUUCAAGAUGGGGAAGUAUAUUUGGUGACCUUAUCAGUUAGUGGAGGAGCCACUAAUGAUGAAGUUAAGGUCGAAGACAUAGAAGUGGUCCAAGAGUUUGAGGAUAUCUUUGCACCACUAAAGGAAUUACCUCCACCUCGGAGUAAUCCCUUUACCAUUAUUUUGGAUCCUGAAGCAAAACCUAUAGCUAAGGCACCAUAUCGGAUGGCACCAGCGGAGUUGGCUGAGCUAAAGAAGCAAUUGGAAUAUCUAUUGGAAAAGGGAUUCAUCCGAUCGAGCUCUUGA